AUGAAUCAUAAUCACCUGGGCAGAACUCUGCCUAUCCUCGCUCCAGGACCACGCGGCGCGUUUGCGGCCCCGAUGACAACAAUAGCAAAGUCGAGGAAGAACUCCACUGCUUGCACUUCGUGUAAGGCAGCGAAGAGGAAGUGUAGCGGACGCCCGGCCCCUUGCAAAGCAUGUCAAACCUCCAAAGUUGCAUGCAUUUUCGAUGAAACUCUCGACCUUAGACGCAAAGUCGCCGUGAGACGCACUCAGGGGGAGCUUCAACACUAUAAGGGCUUGUUGACCACCUUGUUCAACAAGAUUCGCGAUGCAGACGAAGCUGAUACUCAGAAAAUCGUGGAAGCCAUUCGGUGCAGUGACUUCGAAGAUAUUGCCGCGGCAUUUGAAAGCCUUGAGCUGCCCAGCACGGAGGAGUCCAGCAGUGACUCAAGCUCAGAGGACUCGGAGAGUGAAGAGGCUGAAGAGGCGGAGGAGGUGGAGGAGGCGGAGGAGGCGGAAGAUGACAGUGAAUCUCCGAAAGAGCUCUCUGACCCCGAGAAAACCAUGCGCCUAACGAUAGAGAGGCUUUGCGAUACUCCUUUGUACCAGGUACCAUCAUCUUGGACCUAUUGCGACGCUGACGACUUUGUUGUUUCGCAUCUCGUAUCCCUGUACUUCGCUUGGGAUCAUCCAUUUUCCCAGAUCCUUGACCAGGAUUUGUUCCUGAUCGACAUGACGGUCGACCCACAGGCUACACCACAGUUCGAAGCGUUCCAGAUGUCUGAGGAGUUCGAGAUAUCUGAGGAGUUCGAGAUACCUCCAGAAUUUGAGAUGUCUCCAGAGAUCGAGCCGCCUUCAGAGAUCAAGUAUUUCGCGAGGGACCAAGGUUCCCCAGAUCUCAAUGAGAGUUCCUCAAAGAUAGAAAGCUCCCCGAAUAUUGAGAAAUUGCGAGAGUUGCAGCGUUCGCCAGAUAUCGAGAUCUCAGCAGAGGCCAAGUCUGAAGAUUCAGAAGAUGAUUUGAGGGCCAACCCGGGUUGUCCAAGAUCAACCUCGAGCUAUCAAGGAGCAAUCGAAUUAGAAUAUGGGCUUGAGGGCGACCCGGAGUUCUGCACGCCACUUCUCAUGAACAGCAUUCUAGCAGUCGCAGCAACAUAUUCCGACUACCCAAAAAUCUGUGCUAUUCGAGGCAUAGAUUCAUCACGUGGCCAGGAUUUUUUUGAGGAAGCAGAAAGGCUAUGGAAGGCAGAGCGGGGCCGGCCUACAUUAGCCAAUAUUCAGGCAGUGACCUUGAUGAGCCGUUUUCUGCAAUUUCAGGGCCAACGACAAGCCAGCUGGCUAAUGCUAAAACAAGCUUUACAACUUGCCAAAGACAUCGGACUGUUCCAUUCCCCGAGGAGGCAUUGGAGAUCACACACGCCGGUCAGGACCCGACAUGUCUAUGCAGUUGCCGCCUGGGGCCUGGAAAUGUCAUUCGAGCGCGGCAGGGCCCCAGAUCUUGAGCCUCCGUGGUGUAACCCUGACACAGCGUGUGAUUUCAAUGAAGGAAUCGUGUGGUGUGCAUACCCGCGUUUUAAGAAGGAUGAUUUCCAAGAACUGCCUGCCCAACUCAGUGCAACUUUCAACCGCACGGUCCUUCUAGCAAAAAUCUCUGUGAGGAUUCAGGAGUUCUUGUUCAAGGAGUCAUGGGAUAUGACGAAAUCAGAAAUGGAAGCAACGGCUGGUGACUUGAUGAAUCAAUUGCGACUCGUGAUAGAAGGCCUACCAGCUUCGGAGGUUGAGCAACGAGAGCUUCCACACGUCCUACUUGUGCAUAUCAAAUAUCAUCACACAAUAUUGCUAUUUUUCGAAAAUCUCUGGGAUCACCAGCGUAUGGAAGCAACCCCCGAGCAGAUCCGUUCAUACCGGCUCGAGCCAGCACAGAAGAUUGUCGAGUAUCUCGGUGUAUUUGAAGAUAGAUUCGGACUGCGUCGAGUACCAAGACAAAUGUUAGAGCCUGUCUAUAGCAGUCUUCUUGCUUUGCUGGUCUUCAUUGAGGAGGAGGAGUCGUGGGAGCCAAUGAUAGACCUAUGCCGGUUCAUGGCGGCGUGCAGCACAAGGUUCGUUCUGGCGGAGCAGAUGUGUCUCCAGUUCGAACGAAUAAUCGAAGCCUCUAAUGUCGUUUUACCACAAGAAGCGUACGAGGUGCUAAAAGGCAGAGGUAUGAAUGCGUCCGACUGGCUGUGA